GAGAGUAUGCUGAUGUGUGAUACCGAAGGCUCUUCCGCUUUCUCGGUCAAGAUCAAUACGAAACGUUUUCGCCCACUUUCACAAGCAGUCAUCCAAUGCUACACACAAUAACUCCAAACGCGGGAGAGGAGGAACCUUAUCAGCAAGCUGACCUCCGCACUGCUCGUCGGCCGAAUCCAACAAAACACACUCGGAAUGUGAUUAUUCGUCCGUUAGUGCUUGUAGUGCGCAGUGUGCGGCGCUCCUUGGGAAACAAAACUAUUGUGCUAUAAAAAGAAAAUCACUUUUAAAUACAAACUUUGCCUUAGCGCUUUGCCAAAACAAAAAUGGAGCGAUAUUUACGAUUUUACAUAAAAUUUCAAGGAUACAUGAUCGGUGGUUUCACACUGCUGUUGUCGAUAUUAUUAACGUUUGUGAUAUUCGAAUCGAACGAAAUGUACUAUCCGAUGGAGUUUUAUUAUAACUUCCGCUUCAUGGGCAGUACGGCGCUAGUGCUGGGAAUAUUCUGGUUUAUAGCUGCAGUGGCCUUCCUGUACGGUGUACAUCGGGAAAUCAAGCAAUGUUUGCUACCAUUCGCGCUGCUGUAUCUGCUCGAUUUGUUUCUGCUUGCCAUCAGGGAUAUUGUGAUGAUUUGGCACGAUCGUCGCUGGUACACGAUGGUGUUUGUGAACAUACCGUCGUUAAUAGCAGUGCUGUACAUCACUUGCUACUUGUUCAUGACGCUGAUCGCUCUGGCUCGUUUGUUUAGCACCGAUCCGAAGCCGCAAGCGGGUGAUAAUUUUGUACGGUUCAACAACGGCAUCACGAACCCAGUCGCAAUGGAAGAGGAAGCUGCGCUGGUGGCGGAAUAACCAGCGCCCCUUUCGCUAUGCUCGCUUGCGUUUGUUUCUGUGGUGUGUGCUAUCAAUGUAUUGUGUAUGCUUAGCUCAAACUCAUGUAUCAGUAGUUAUAGUCUAAUCUUUCAUGUUCCCGCGUUAUCAUCGUGUAGAAAGCUUUGUUUGUGAUUGAUUCUAUAGAACUGUUUAGUUUAAAUAACAAAUGAGCCACAUUUCCUGAUAAUGCACCGAGUGUCGUUUGUCAUACACCAAAACUAUUAUAAUUUUAGUAAUAAAGUGCAUAAAGUGCUAUCAUA